AUCAGGUUGCGCCAUUUUAAAAAUUAAAGCAGGGGGGGUGAAUUUAUUUUGCUAGCCUAUCUAGCCUAGCAAGUGUAGCUGUAGUUGCGCUUGACAGCUACUGAGUUAGGUGAUCUAGAGAUCUGAAGAGUAGAGUAACUUACUCAGUAAAGUUUAAAAAGGGUCUCGGAAGAGCCACAUUUCAGUGCAAUAUUUUGCACUGCAUUCUUGCAGUUAAGACUACUGUAUUGUACUAGACCGGCUAGGGGUAGUGGGUGGAAACCUGGGCCCAACUUAGUCUACGACACGAAAUCCCUCUCACCAUGGCAGACUUUGUUUCUAUGGAACCAGGAGCCGGUGGAGGCAAUGAUGUUCAGUGGUGCUUCUCUCAAGUGAAAGGAGCAAUCGAUGACGAUGUUGCAGAAGCUGAUAUCAUAUCCACCGUUGAAUUCAACCACUCUGGGGAUCUGCUGGCCACCGGAGACAAGGGGGGCCGCGUUGUCAUCUUUCAGCAGGAGAUGGAGAGCAAGAACCAACCACAAUGCCGGGGAGAAUACAAUGUUUACAGCACCUUCCAGAGCCACGAACCAGAGUUUGACUACCUGAAGAGCCUUGAGAUCGAAGAGAAGAUCAACAAGAUCAGAUGGCUACCUCAGAAGAACGCUUCUCAGUUCCUGUUGUCCACGAAUGAUAAGACUAUUAAAUUGUGGAAAAUUAGUGAGCGAGACAAGAGACCAGAGGGCUACAACUUAAAAGAGGAAGAUGGACGCUACAAAGAUCCUACCACUGUCACAACACUACGGGUGCCCGUGUUCCAACCGAUGGACCUGAUGGUGGAGGCGAGCCCCAGGCGAGUGUUUGCCAACGCACACACCUACCACAUCAACUCCAUAUCUGUCAACAGCGACUUCGAGACGUACCUGUCCGCGGACGACCUGCGCAUCAACCUCUGGAACUUGGAGAUCAACGAUCGCAGCUUUAACAUCGUGGACAUCAAGCCGACCAACAUGGAAGAGCUGAUUGAGGUGAUCACGGCAGCCGAGUUCCACCCCAACCAGUGCAACACCUUUGUGUACAGCAGCAGCAAAGGCACCAUCCGUCUGUGCGACAUGAGGGCGGCGGCUCUCUGCGACCAGCACUCCAAACUGUUUGAGGAGCCUGAAGACCCGAGCAGCCGUUCGUUUUUCUCGGAAAUCAUCUCUUCCAUCUCCGACGUCAAGUUCAGUCACAGCGGGCGCUACAUGAUGACCCGGGACUACCUGUCCGUCAAAAUCUGGGAUCUCAACAUGGAGACCCGCCCCGUAGAGACGUAUCAGGUCCAUGAAUACCUCAGGAGUAAACUGUGUUCACUCUAUGAGAAUGACUGCAUCUUUGACAAGUUUGAGUGCUGCUGGAAUGGUAACGACAGUGUCGUGAUGACGGGAUCCUACAACAACUUCUUCCGGAUGUUCGAUCGCGGUUACCGGCAGGACGUGACGCUGGAGGCGUGUCGGGAGGGCAGCAAGCCCCGCUCGGUGCUCAAGCCCAGGAAGGUGUGCUCGGGAGGGAAACGCAAGAAGGACGAGAUCAGUGUGGACAGCUUGGACUUUAACCAGAAGAUCCUGCACACAGCCUGGCAUCCCCAUGACAACAUCAUCGCCGUGGCCACCACCAACAACCUUUAUAUAUUUCAGGACAAGCUGAACUAGUGUCCAGCGACGCCCUCCCCACCCACGUCUUAUCCCCUGAUCCCACUUAAGCUUUGCUCUUCCGAUCCUCUAAGUCCGGAGAAGGACUCGUUUCUGGUUGUCCGCUCUUCCCCGGCCGCCAUGCAACUGUUUCCCACUACAUCCCAAAAGGGAACACUGUCUCUUUAGUCAUUUCGUUUUUUUUUAUUUAUUUUUUUAUUUACGGUUUCCCCUCUGUUCAUUCAUCGCACGGUUUCGGGUGCCAUUACGACAUGAUUUGUUUUAUAUGCAAGCAUGUUUUAUGUCGUGUAAAAUAGGGUGGGAUUUCUACUGAAUCUCAUUUCUCCAUCUACCACAAAGAUGCCAUUCUGCUCGGGUGAAAGUUUGCUACAAACACAGCGAGCUGUCGACUCCUUAUUUGCCCCAGGCAUUUGUCAGGUUGCCAAGUUGGCUCCCCCCCCCCCCACUCAAAUAAAGUUAUACACUUGCCAUUGAUAUAGACUCUCUCUCUCACGCACACAAAACUGAGUACUAUUAUGUAUCUGAUACCAGGAGUUUAUACAGUGUGCAGACUAGUAACACCAGUAAGUACAGGGUCACUCGAGUGACUGAUUCAAGUCAUCCAAUCUUAAUGUAGGCUGACAUGCUUUAGCACAACCUUGUGUGCAAACAACCAGCUAUUAGUCUCGUACCCCGUGCCACCAUGUAAAGCUCGGCACAAGCGCUGGAGCCCAGCUGUGAAAGGCUACGGUGUCGGCCAUGUUGUGCCACUGAUGUGCCUGGUCUGUCUCGUUUUAAUGGUUUUUAAGGCUACUCAACUAAAUGUUCUGUUUUGAUUUCCCCGUCUCCUCUGAAUCAGGUUUGGGUUUGUAUGUUUUCUUUUUUUUUUUAUUAUGUUUUGUACUGCACUUAAGACAAAGAAUAAUUACUUAUAGUUGGUUUAUUUUUGUAUGAAUUAAAAUGGGAAUUCUGCUAACGUUAGAUGUCCUGUCUACUGUUAGUGUAGUCUGAUCACUGUAGUCUGUUUAUCUGGUCUGGGGCAGAGUUAUACGCUCAGGGUAUUACUGGGAUUGGUGGGAGAUGUUGCUUGAAUGUGAGCACUGUUUGUUCUGGUGGGCAUAUAAUGGGGGGCUGAUGCAUACUGUAUAUACCACUAUCCACGUAUGUGAUGUCCAAAAAGAGUGUUCUCGGGUAACCAUGCUUCUAGUCUUAGGAGCAGAGGGUUGUAUUCUGUCUGAGCACGUCAAGAUACAAUUCUGUAUUUCAGUUACUGUAAAUGUUAUCAUCAGCGAUUUGGAAAUUCUAAAUGAACUUGGAACUAAGCUGAGUUGUGUGACUGUUUCUGCUGGUUAGGGUCCAGGUUGGCCCUUCCCUAUGGUUGCGUUAGUGGAACACUGGAACUGCCAUAAAGAAUCGAGUCACAUGGUUUCCAUUGUGUGGUCAAGGUCGGAAAGGUAUUUUCUUUUGCCUCAAUUUAGUCGUAAAAUCAAAAGGUGUUCGGGCUAUGGGCUGAUUUGGUUUGGUUUAUUUUAUGAAUGGAGACACUUGCUGGAAUAUGGAAAAUACAGUGUGGGCAAAGGUGUCACCAGACAAAACGGUACUACGUUGUUUUUGCAUACAUCAUUAGGUUGAGUAACUCGCUCUAGUCAGGUUUCAGGGCUUAGGAGACAGUAUUUCAAACUGGCAUUACCUGCACUUGUACUGUAUUAGUUUCCAGUGGCAUUCUUUUAAUUGCAUUUUGGAUUAUGUGGGUAGAUUUAUUUUGGUCCAUACCACAUAUGUUAUUUAUGUUGACACUUGAAUGACAAGGCACUCUUUUUUGAGCCACUGUAUCCUAGUUAUUUAAGUUCAGGAUUGUUUACAAUUUGUUGCCAAUUGUAAAUAAUUCAUAAUCUCACUUACUAGCAAUGCCACAGGUGCAUGUCAUAGCUAUGGAUGUUAUUGUAAGUUAUGGCACUGUCCUAUACUGUAAUUGUCACGUUGUUUCAAGGACAUUUUAUCUGUUGUAACAAGAGGAGCAAAGUUCGUAAUAUAUAUGUUUACCAACUCACCCUAUUCCACCAUCACUCUCAAAUCACAGUAAAUAACAAACGACAGUUCAACUUUAAUUUAGCUGACACUUAUCGACGGCCUACCAAUACUGUUAGUAUUUCCCACUUACACAGUCCUUUGCUCAUUUGUUGGUUAGAGACCACCAAAUGUAAAGACCCUUAUUGCCUUUCUCAUUGCAGUAUAGGAAAUAAGAUAAUCAAGUAUGUUUCUUAAACUGACUGGCAGGCCAGGACGGGUCGGCUCAGGGGAAUUUGACUUAUGCGUGAGAGUCGGGACAGAACGCACUUUUUUAUUUUUGAGAUUUUUUUGGGAUUUGUAUGUUUUGUUAAUUUGUUUCAAGGGGCUUUUGAAUAAACAUUUUUGAAAAUAUUAAGAGCGAAAAAAAAUCUGUACUCUAUGCUUUUUUGCCUUUGUCAAACUAGAUUAAAUUCUUAAGAAAUACGCGUUCUAAGACUGGACUGCAAAUAAAACAUGUAUUA